UGGGAGGGUGCACAGAUGUUCACCAUGUGUCAGCCAGAGAUACCCAUUAACCCGCUGUUCAAUGAGGCAAAGGGGAACUCUCAACUGGACACUGCUUACCUUGGUGUAAGGGACUGUCGGCCAGAUACAAACCUCAAUUUCAUGGGCAAGGAGGCCUAUGACACCAAUGAGAACUGGAGCCAGUGCAGGCCAGGGGAAUCGGAGCAGCGAGGAGGGAGCAAUGAACCUGAGGCAUCUGAUAACCAAAUAGUGCUUAUGCAGAGGCAAAUUGCAAUGAGCCAACCACAGGAUGUCCCCCAGGGCUUGAAGUCUGGUGGCAUGUCCUUUGCCUCAGAAGAAGAAGAAGAGGAGGAGGAGGAGGAGGAGGAAGAAGAAGAGGAAGAGGAGGAAGAGGACAUCCGCAGACCUCCAGAAGGAGCAGAAGUCAAUGACCCAGAGCACGAGAAGGUAACCACCAAGGAGAGGAUAAAAGAAAGGAAGCUGGCCAGCUCCCCUUUAGAAGACAAUGGUUAUGCCAGCAGUUCCCUAAGCAUUGAUAGUCCUGACAGCGGGGCAGCCAGUGCUUGGGACAUGCUUGCUGUUGCUACUGAAGACUGGAAGGGCCAUGGAGAACCAUGUUCCGUAGCUGAAGCUGAGCCACAGAACUCUCCUCCUAGUUCCGAGACCCUCUUCCCAGCACUGGCCGAGGCUUUCCGCAAUCUUCAGGACAAGAAGAAGUUCAAGGAGCAGGAGAAAGAGAAGCACCAUGUCCACUUGGUGAUGUAUCGUCGCCUGGCUUUGCUCCGCUGGAUCCGCAGCCUCCAGCAGAAGGUGGUUGACCAGCAAAACCGGCUGCAGGAGAGCUUUGACACCAUCUUGGACAACCGCAAGGAACUCAUUCGAUGUGUCCAGCAAGGCAUGGGCUACGCCAAGAACCCAGCUCAGGCAGAGUUGUAAAGGACAUAACACGCAUUCACACCUUUCUCCUUCUGUGGGCCCUCCAGUCUUUAGCCUGGUCACACAAACGAGGUGCCUACAAAUUUCCAUAUUUGCAUGGGUGGGAGACUUGUGCUUUUUAAAAUGUUUGAUGUUCCUCCUGUGGUAUACCAGAGCAUCAGUAGCCCAUUGAGCAUGGGCAUCUUGAGCCCAGCACAUGGCCCAUAUUAUUUACAAGUAGAUGCAAUUUUUCAAGCUUGUUUCACUCUUCAUUUUGGUGCAUGGCUUCUCUUGGUGAAAUGCAAACACAGUGCAUAACAAAAUGGAAUACAGAGAAUAUGAUCCUAUGAUAAGGUCUCACAAACAUGAAUAAAAGCUGGGAAGGACAUUGGCAUAUAUGCUUGAAGCCUGAUGUCCGGGACUAGAAGAAAGGAGCUUGAAAGGGGUCAGUUCCCGUUGGCAUUUAUGCCCUGUGUCUCUGGUUGGAGAAAGGAACUUCAAUCUGGCUCAAACCAUGAUACAAACAGUUUGGAGCAGAAUCCUCAUGAUCCUGAAUAUCAGGUGAUGCAAGACAGCCAAUCCUGAUACUUUGCCUGCUGCAGCUUCUAGAUCUGUUGCAUUCCCUGAGUCUGAGCUACUAUUUUUCUAAGUGAAGCCGCCAGAAGGCUACCCCACUGUGCUUCCAGGUUGUUUUUGUGCUGCCUGCCUUCUACACCGUCUCCUGGUCAUUUCCCUGUCAUAUAAUCAUAGAAUUCUAGAGUUUCAUUUAGUCUAACCCCCGCAAUGCAGGCAUCACAGCUAAAGAAUCACUGACAGAUGGCCAUCCAACCUCUGUUUAAAAACCUCCAGUGAAGGACAGUCCGCCAUCAUCUGAAGCAGUCCGUUCCACUGUUGAACAGCUCUUACUGUCAGGAAGUUCUUCCUAAUGUUUAGUUGGAAUCUCCUUUCUUGUAAUUUGAACCUCUGGAGCAGCAAAAAACAAGCUUGCUCCAUCUUCCUUUUGUGCUUGUCAACUGCAGAAACAGUGGUGUUGGCUCUGUUUCCUAUCCAGGUCCAAGCUAUCUGUCCUCUUCCAUUUCCUAUUCUGCUUCCAGGUACCUCCAGCAUAUUCACACACUGCUGAUCCUGCUAGCACUAAAAACAAGGUGCCCAGAACGGGAAAAAAGAGCAUGGAGAGAUUUAGAAUGAUCAGAAAAUGUGACUAGUUCUCAUGAUUAUUUUUAUGCUUUUUAUUUUUUCUAUAACCAUUGUUGAUUCCAUCCCUGCUGCUGCCCCAGUUAGUGUGGGUUGACUUUGCAUGCACAGGAUAUUGCUUUUGUUUAUAGAUUAGCAUGUGUCCCCCCCCAAAAAACCUCACAUGCAAACUAGCCCAAAGUUGUUAAGCUUUCCGAUUCUGCUCCAAUCCUUGAGGAUGUGCCGAACCAUUUCACAAGUCUGAAUCUGCAGGUUCAAAUGCAUAAUUGCAUUGUCUGUAAAAACUGCACCCUUAAUGGAUUUUGAUCCUAUAAUAAGACAACAUUCUUGUGACAGAACAUUGGUUUUCUGCUUGCAAGAUGUCUUAUUUAAGUUUUAAAAGCAUUUAUAUUUUUCAUUUCCUCUAGUGGAAAUAAGAGCUAAAAUACAACCCUGGUGGUCUAGGUUUUUAGGGCUAUUGCUCUAUUUUCUCUAAAUAAAUUAAACCAAAUCAAUAUUUUUGCUUUGCACCAAAAGGAAAGUUGUUCUCAAGAAAUGUUCUGGACUAAUGUCCAGAGGUUCAUUAUUUGUUAUGAUUGUUGCUAUGUUUUGGGAAGGUGUCAGUCCAGUUGCACAACUGCAAAAGCAUGCAAUGUUGGAUCUUGUCGGUGAACAAUGACUUUCACAUGGCUCAAAGCUUAUGAAAACUGGGAGUGUGCAGCCAGCUGGAGUGUGUCCAAAGCAGCAGGUUCUUGCCCACCCUGCAUGUGUCUGAAGCCAAAUGGUUUUUAAUAAAAUAGGUUGAAUACGUCUAGCCUGCUAGAAGCAUGGACAAAACACUGUCUCUCCAGCUGAAAUCUUUUGUAAUGUUUGCAGACCUACCAGUCCCAUCUGGUCCAAAUGGUGUCAGGUGCAGUACAGUGAUCUGGCAAGGAGGGAAGUUGCUUCUUCCUGGCUGUCUUUCCAACUAUUAUAACUUUUUUUGGUUUUGAAUAUUUUCACUGCUGCUGUCCAAUAUAUUAAGGUUGGGCUUGUUUUUUGUUU